AUGAGCCUCUCGGGCUCCAACGCGCUGGUCCUGUCCAUCUACGUGCUGACCUUCGCGGUCGGCCUGCCGGCCAACCUGCUGGCCCUGAGGGCGUUCGUGGGCCGCGUCCGGCAGCCGCGCCCGGCGCCCGUGCACAUCCUGCUGCUCAGCCUGACGCUGGCCGACCUGCUGCUGCUGCUGCUGCUGCCCUUCAAGAUGGUGGAGGAGGCGUCCGGCCAGCGCUGGAUCCUGCCCGAGUACGUGUGCGCCAUCAUCGGCUUCGGCUUCUACAGCAGCAUCUACAUGAGCACCUGGCUGCUGGCCGGCAUCAGCGUGGAGCGCUACCUGGGGGUGGCCUACCCAGUCCGCUACAAGAUGGCCCGCCGCCCGGCCCACGGCGUGGCCGCCGCCUUCGUCGCCUGGCUGCUGUCCUUCGGCCACUGCACCCUCGUGAUCAUCGUCCAGUACCUGCCCGAGGACGGCUGCCCGCUGGACAGGGCGGUCUGCUCCGGAGUGAACAGGCUCCUCCAGCACGGCUUGGCCGCCACGCCCUGCUCCAGCCCGGACAAGUCCACCUUCUGCUCCGAAGUGACCACGUUCGCCACCGAGCUGACCAACGCCGCCAAUUGCUCCUUCAACGCCAGCGUGCCCCUGGCCGCCCGGCUGAACGCCUUAGCCCAGGUGCUGGGGAACGUCACCUGCCCGGAGCCCAGCGUGGCCGAGGUGGCCUCCAACCUGACCCGCUGCGCGCAGAGCACCGGCAGUUGCCCCCAGAGCAUCUUCUGCUACGAGCACUUCACGGAGCAGCAGCUGAAGGUGGUGCUGAGCGUGCGGCUGGAGCUCUUCCUCGUCCUGUUCUGCCUGCCGCUGGUCGUCACCGUCUUCUGCUACUGGCGCUUCGUGCAGCUGAUGCUGGCGCAGACGCAGGUCGGGGCUCCGCGCCGCUGGCGGGCCGUGGGCCUGGCCGUCGUCACCCUCUUCAACUUCCUGGUCUGCUUCGGGCCCUACAACGUGUCGCACGUGGUGGGCUUCCACACCCACCGCAGCCCGACCUGGCGGGUCUACGCCUUGCUGCUCAGCACCCUCAACGCCAGCUUCGACCCGCUGCUCUUCUACUUCUCCUCGGCGGUCGUGCGCCGGGCCUUCGGGGACGGGCUGCAGGCGCUGCGCCGCCGGGGGGCCUCCCUGCUGGGCCGGGCCGGGCCCCAGCCGCCGCCGCAGCCCCCGGUGUCGCUGGGCCCGUCCGAGGACACCUCUACCACCUGAGCCCGUCGGGGGAGGACGGGGACCCGCCGGGGGCCAG